CUAUUUUGACUAGUUCGAUGGAAGUUCUAUGAAGCUUCUCUCUCGGUUCUCCUGCAUCGGCGUCGCUUGGCUCCUCACAGUGAAUUUCUGCUCCAAUAUUUGCACUCCGUAUCCGCCAAGUGACAGCGGCUUUAAGUUGUCACAGAUCUUCGCACGCGAAGCAUCAUCGCUGCCACUAAGCCGCUUCGAGAGCUUCUUGCUGAAAGGCGCUCGGUUCGGCCGACUCAGCCCAGUUCACCUCCCAGUUGUGGUGCAGCACAGGACGACCAAGAAUAUCCUCGGCCUUGGUAAUUAACCUGUGGCAGAAAUAGGGACUUAUCACCCAAGGCUCUUGGCCGUCGAUAUAAAUCCCAUCCUCCCUCGACCCCCUCGACCUCCUGCCCCCUGGGCUGGCGUCAUUGUCGCGUUUCUUUUGCUCCUCAACGUUCCAUCAGCGGCUUAUCCGAGCCUGCGUUUGCUGUAAUCGCCAGGCUCGUAUUGACAACCCUCAUUUUCUGGCGUCGAUAACUCAAGAAACGGCCGGACCCCCUUUUCUCUUCUCCCUUACCUUCACUGGUACAGGCUUUCGAUAACUUCUUCGAAAUUGCUCCUCGAAACGAAAACAUCACACCACCCGAUCUCCGACCAUGGCCUCCCAACAACAAGCACAAAAUGUGAUGCGAAGGUACGUCGACAAGAGG